UCGGGCGGCGGUCUGAGGCGGGUCGCUGCGCCGGCUGUUUUUCCGACACGUUUUGUUUCGCCGUUUGAACCACAAAGCGGACAGAAGUGAGGAUGAGUUACGGGAGGAUGCCGCCGGACAUCGAGGGAAUGACUUCGCUGAAGGUGGAUAACCUGACGUACCGCACGUCCCCCGAGACGCUGAAGCGCGUGUUCGAGAAGUACGGCAAAGUGGGCGACGUCUACAUCCCCCGCGACCGCUUCACCCGGGAGAGCCGCGGCUUCGCCUUCGUCCGCUUCCACGACAAGCGCGACGCCGAGGACGCCAUCGACGCCAUGGACGGCGCGGUGCUGGAUGGCAGGGAACUGAGGGUGCAGAUGGCCCGCUACGGCCGCCCUGCCGAGUCGCACCGCAGAGGAGGAUCGUCUCGGCGGUACGCUGGCGCUUACGGCAGGAGAAGCCGCAGUCCCAGAAGACGCCGCCGAUCUCGUACAAGAUCAAGAAGCAGAAGCCGAAGUAGGUCAAGAUCUCGUUACAGCAGGUCCAGAUCUCGUUCAUUUUCCCGAUCUAGAUCUCGUUCGAAGUCUAGAUCUGUUGAAAGAUCAAGGUCCAAGUCAAAAUCGAAGUCAAGAUCAAGGUCCAGAUCAAAGUCCAGGUCACGAUCUCGAAGUAUAUCUCGGAUGUCUCAAGGGUCAAAGUCAAAAUCCAGAUCCAAGACACCAAUUAAUUCAACAUCUCCACAGAAAGAUGGAAUUGAAUCACCGUAAAGUGGUAAAUGGCACCAAAGUGAAUAUUCUGGGUGGCUGGAAGAAUUACAUGAUAGAUGCCUUGCAAGAAAUACCAUCUCUUGCCAUCUGUUUAGGUGAUGGAGAGACCUUCCUAAAUAAGCAGUGAUCAGCUUAAAAGGUUAUUAUAACAUCAUUGUUUAUAACAGGGUUUGUCAGUUUUAAGUUAUGAAUUAAAAUUAGUGUCUGAGAAGGCUCAUUAUAUGUUAUGUGCCAUCUGUGUUGCUAUUACUUCUUACAAUUUAGUGAAAUGCUCGACUUCAGAUGCAUUUUGGUUGGAUACGUACAUAAGGUAAAAAGCAUGGAACGUAUUUCCAGGUUUUGUAAUGUUUCUUUCUGUACACAGAAGUAAUUACUUUUAAAUUUCAAUUUGCAUAUGUCUUUUUUCCAUCUUUUUAUUUCAGUCCAAUACUAAUCUUAUUGUCUCAUGUAUUUUUGUGCACUAGGCGCAGUUGUGUAGCAGUUCUGUAAAGCGGGUUAGCUGUAAGGUGGCGUGUUGCAGUGCAGUGCAGAGUGCUUGGCUGUGUCCUGUAUUCUCCUGAUUGCUCCUGUAAUGAUGCCUUGACGUGCAGAAAAUAUGGCUGUCCAGUAAAAUGCCUGUCAGCUGCACCUCCAGAGACGUGGCUGCGUGUAAAUUAUGGAGCAGGCAGUAAGCACCUUUAGCUACCUUGUUUUUGUACUUGGUAAUUGGUUCAUACAUUUACAUAUUGUUUAGAAAGCUGUUAAUUUUGAACUUGAUUGUAAUUAACAGUUAACAAAUCCUGUACAUCUUGUAUUUCAGUAAUGUCAUUAAAGGUUUUCUCUUGAUGUUUAUUUACA